CUCUCCUACUUGUCCACCUUCCUUUUUGCUCCGGUCAACCCUGCGUCGGGGCUGAUCUCCGCCAGCCAUGUCGCUUGACGACGUGUCCAGAAAGUCGCCCGUGCUGCCGCCGCCCCUGCCGCCAAUGGACUCGUGGGCUUGGGGAGGGCGUCGCUCCAGGCGCCGUCGCAGCAGCGUCAGAUCUGUGGACGGCGCCGAGUCCGAGGAGGAGUACCUAGCACUCUCUCUCCUCAUGUUGGCGCGCAGCGAGGUCGAGGACGACAGCGUCGGAGGCGUCAAGGGCGUGGGAACGACGCCAACCAAGGCGCAGGGGUACGAGUGCUCCGUGUGCGGCAAGAUCUAUGCGUCCUACCAAGCACUGGGCGGCCACAAAAAGAGCCACAGGAAGCGGCCCAUGGCGCCAACAGCAUCGGUGGGCGGCGACGAGGUGUCCGGCGGCGCCCCCGUGGAGGCCAAGGUGCACCAGUGCACACUCUGCCACCGCACGUUCCUGUCGGGACCGGCGCUGGGCGGGCACAAGCGCCUGCACUACGAGGGUGGCACCGUGGCUGACGGGAUCGGCAAGGACAAGGAGGCUGCCAAGGCGAAGGCGGCAUCGCUGCUGAGGGACUUCGACCAGAACCUGUCGGCGUCGGUGGUGGCCGGGUACGAGGACGAGAGCCCGCCCCGGGAUGCGAAGAGGGUGAGGUUGAUGCUACUAGCAGUUUGAUCACUGAUCAGUGGCGGCCGAGGUGGCGGUGCAAGAUUUAGGUUUUUUAUUGAUGGUUUUAGGAGGAAUUCCUCUCUAGGUUUCGAUUGUUAGUGGGUUGGUUCAAUUUGUUCUAGC